AUGCCCUCCUCGAUCGUACCCAGCGAGGCUCCCUCGCACAUCCGGAUCUUCUCGCUUAACUGCUGGGGUUUGAAGUUUCUGUCGAAGUAUCGCCAUGAACGACUAUCUGAGAUUGGACGACAGCUGGCACUGGCCAGCUCGCCGCCAGAGAUAGUUGGACUUCAGGAGUGCUGGACCCAACAAGACUACGAGAGCAUCCACGAGCAGACUCGACACAUCCUACCAUACGGGAAGUUCUACUUCGGAGGAAUUUUCGGUGCAGGACUGGCAAUUCUUUCACGAUGGCCCAUCGAAGAGAGCAGCAUGUUCGGAUAUCCACUGAACGGACGACCAACAGCUUUCUUCCGCGGCGACUGGUUCGUCGGCAAAGGCGUUGCUUGUGCGAGAAUUCGCUUUGGACCUGGCACCGCAGAUGUAGCCGAAGUCUUCUGCACACACCUCCACGCCCCAUACGAACGUGAACCCAACGACUCCUAUCUAUGCCACCGCACCGCCCAAGCAUGGGAAAUCUCCAAACUUAUGCGCGGUGCCGCCGAGCGCGGGCACCUCGUCAUCGGACUAGGCGACUUCAACAUGCUCCCAUCAUCCUUCGCCCACCGCCUUAUCACAGCCCAAAGUCCCGUUCGCGACGUCUGGCGCGAGCUACACCCUGACUCCUCCGUCGGCGCCGCAAUUGACGCCGUCGAGCGUGCGAGAAAUCGGCCAAUCCCCUCAGCAGAAUACAAUCUUCUUGAGAACGGUGCCACAUGCGACGGUGCCUACAAUACAUGGCGAUGGUCCAAGGCGCAUCGCAAAGAGCUGGACAAGGGUCAAGAUCGGGCAGUCGAUAAAGAUGUUCCUGAUCCCCGCGCGAAACGUCUAGAUUAUAUCUUCGUCGGCGACGGCGGCUACGCACCUAAAUUCCCGCCGCCACGCUGGUCGGUCGAGUCGGCCAAUGUGGGCAUGACACAGCGCCAUCCAACGCUCCGAUGCUCGUUGAGUGACCACUUUGCUGUCGAAGCCGUCAUUGCUCGCACACCUAGCGAUGAGACGGCCUUCACAUCAGAGGUACACGACCUUUCUGCGCCGAAUUCCGCAUCUUUACACAAACCGACCUCAUCACAACUUGCACCCAAUGCAGGUCUCUCUCCAGAAACGUACGACCACAUAACCGAUAUGAUCCACACAUACGUGCGUCGUGAACGCUCUCAGCGCCGUUGGCGCCUGAUCCACUUCUUGGUGUCACUGGUGGUUUCAAUCGGCUGUAUGGUCGGCGUGUGGUGGGUGGGAAGCCGGACGUAUAUUGGGUUUAUCUUGAUCCUGGUCAGUACCUUGAACUUUGGGGCUGGAAUUCUCGAUGGAUUGAUUGGGGGCUUAUUUGUGUCGAGCGAGCUGCGAGCAUUGAAGGAAUUUGAAUGGGAGGUACGGAAUGCGAGAAGCUUGCUACUUGCGGCGGGAGAGAGUCCUGAACAGAAGAAGAAAGAUAAGUGA